UUGCAGUUGUCAAAACGUAAAUUUUCGGUGUGAUAAGUGUCAAGAAAAUAAUUUUAAAAAGCAGCCUCUCGGCUGGAAAAAAAUCUCUACAAAGAAGAUGAGGGCGGCAGGCAUUAUGCUGAUCAGCAUCGCUCUUACGAGCGCUGUUAUCGGCAAUGCUUAUUAUCAAAAGAAACAAUUUUAUCCCUCCGUGGUCUACAUAACCAAGUCCAAUCCCAGUAUGGCUGUGAUUUAUGUACAAGGAUUGAUACUCGUGUUUAUGAUGAACACAUUUUUAAGAAAAAUAUUUUUCGGAAACUUAAGGGCAGCUGAACUCGAACAUUUGGUCGAAAAAGUUUGGUACGCCGUGACGGAAACGUGUCUAGCAUUUACAGUGUUCAGAGACGAUUUCAGUCCGAAAUUCGUCGCCUUAUUCACGCUCUUACUAUUUCUCAAGUCUUUCCAUUGGCUUGCUGAAGAUCGUGUCGAUUACAUGGAAAGAAGUCCCAUAAUAACAUGGUUAUUCCACCUUCGAGUGGGGACAUUGCUAGCCCUUUUGUUUAUAAUAAACGUUACGAUGUUUCAAUACGCCUAUAGUUCGACGGUUGCAAAAGGCGCCUCGGUACAACUUGUUUUUGGUUUUGAGUACGCGGUAUUAUUAACCGUUGUUCUAAAUAUUACGAUUAAAUAUAUUUUGCACACGAUCGAUCUGCAAAGCGAGAACCCUUGGGACAACAAACCAGUCUUCCUUUUGUAUACGGAGCUCAUCAUUGGACUGAUGAAGGUGAUAUUAUACGUAGGCUUUGUCACAAUCAUGGUUCGAAUAUACACCCUUCCUCUAUUCGCUUUUCGACCAAUGUAUUACACCAUGCGAAACUUUAAAAAAGCUUUCCACGACAUUGUUAUGUCUCGAAGAGCGAUAAGAAAUAUGAACACACUCUAUCCAGAUGCGACACCCGAGGAAUUAGCAGCCGCUGACAACGUUUGCAUCAUUUGUCGUGAGGAAAUGGUAUCUGCGAGUAAGAAACUACCCUGCAACCACAUAUUCCACACAGCCUGUUUGCGAUCUUGGUUUCAACGCCAGCAAACUUGUCCGACUUGUCGUCUAAAUAUUUUGAGACCUACAACGACUCGAAGAGAAACGAGACCGCCGAAUCAACCCCAAGGGCCUGUUGCGGCUCCUCAACCUUUUCCUGCUCCUGGUGUCGGUCAAAAUGCUCAAGGAUUCCAGCUACCAGCCUUCUGGGCGAAUUUGCAGCCACCAGGAGUCACUGCUCCUCCACAAGGGCAAAACAAUAACGCAAACGUGCAAUUCCCAUUGCUUCAGCCACUUGGAACUGGAGUUCCACUUUUUGCACCGCCCUUUCCGCCUAUGAUACCUUUGCCCCCAGUUCCAACGCCUCCGCCUAAUUUGACUACUUUAAGCGAAGAGGAGUUGCGAGCCAUGGAGGGAAAUCUUCGCCAAGCCCUUGAGGCCAGGAUACAAAUGCUCCAAAGGGUCCAACUUUUGUUAGAUGCUGCCAAUGCUAUGAUGAGUCAGUACCAGACUGUAGCUGCAACCAUAGCUACAAGUAUUCCAACACCAUCAUCGACAACAGCAACGCCAACAGCAACCGCAAGUGAGGUUCCUGAGGCGAGUAAAGUAGAAACUUCGAGUAAGGACCCCAUGUCCUCAAAUAACGUGGGAAGUCACAAUUCCAAGACUGUCGCAGAUUUUGCAGAAGCUAGCACCUCGGCAGAAAGUUCGGGGACACAUAUAAACACAAAUAGUAACGACAUCAGUCCAUCCACAUCUACAACCAUCCCAGAAACCUCCGAAGAGCAGGCAACCAUAAGGAGACGAAGAUUGGAAAAAUUCCUGGCACAGUCCGCAUCAGAAUAAAAGGCCCAAUUGGAUGGUGAUAUGGAAAUAGGAGAAGAAUACAGGAAGUACUCUUCCCUGAUAGUUGUUCGUCCUGUGAAAAGUGGAGUGUCGAGAUCCUCGAUCAUCGACUAUUCUCGAAAACUUAAAAGUUUGUUUAUGGACCUAUGACUGCAGAGUUUAUAAUGGGAAAAUGAUUUCGUAAAAGGUUCUGUCGUAUGUCAGGAUGAACUCCUCUUGCUGUGUGUAUGCUUGUAUGUAUGAAACAACUGUUUUUUAUAUAAGAAAGAAACUCAUCUACGCGCUUAUCAAAGCAUAAUUACUUUAUUGUACAUACGUAGAUUUUACAUUAGCUUUUUCGAGUUCCUUUUUCAUGACGAUGAGCAAAAUGUGUUAUUUGAAUAUCUGACAAUUGAGGAUAUUCGCAUAUUCUGCUGGAAUUCAGUUGUUUUUUUUUAUAGGAAACAAAAUAUUGUCAGUGAGAGAGUCAAACUGAAAAUUUAAAUAACUCAAAGAAUAUUUAGAUAUAAGAAAUGUAGAAAUAUCCCAAGAAAGCUUUAAAUAGCUCUGAUAUGUUAAAAACAAUUCAGCCCAAAAUAUGAUUUUUUUGCAAGAUUCAAGUCAUUUUGUUCAUCGCUCUUUCCAUUUUUAUUUUCGCGGCAUUGACUACGUUUUUCCAAUUACGUGGACAUCUAUGAAACCCUGUUUGCAAUGUAAACAAAGCUACUGCCUCAGGUGAACUGUCCACGUAGAUUUACACUUUAUUUCUUAAUUUUCCAAUAAUUACUAAUAAUAAUUUAAUACUAACUGUAAAUUCACGUUUAUUUCCACGUGAAAUUCUCUGACCACGUGGAAUUACACACGGAAAUUUGAAACCUUCCACGUGGACUCCCAUGUGGAUUUCCACGUGGUUAGAUGAAUUCACGCACUUGGAUAUUUUCACCUGGGCGCCGCUCGUCUGAGAGGACUGUAAAAAGGAAAUUCGUACUAUUGUACAAAUAUUAAAUAUUACGGUUUGCAUUCGAUUACCUACCAAAAAGGAUCGAUUUUGCCCACAUCAAGGAUGACGGCACUAAUAUAUUAUUAUUGUUGUUGCAAACAGCGUGCUAUCGUGACUGUAGAGUCGAAUUCAUGUAUUUCUUAUUGAGUCAAACAGAAAAAUUAAUGUUUUAAAAUGUUUUUUUGCUAUAUGUGCAUUGAAAAGUGUACAUGAUUUCGACUGUACAAUAACUUUUUUUAAGUGAUACUCGACGUCUACAAUAAACUUGUUUGUCUAUUUCAUUUUCUUUUCGUUUUAUGAGUUGCAAUUUUUGUUUCGAGCGCGGACUGGUUUGUGACAAAUAAAUAUUUAUUUGUUGAAA